UCUGUUUUUCUGUGCUUCUGUCAUUCUUUAGGUAAUUGGUGAAUAUAUUAAAUGGUUUUGGGAAUGUUUUGAGGCGAAUUUAAUUAAUAAUUAUUGCUUGGCAUGGAGAGAAAAAUAUCUAGUAUUUUAUUAACUGGAGCUCCAGGAGUUGGAAAAACAACGAUUAUAAAAAAGCUCAUUAAAAUCUUAAAAGAGAAACAAAUCAAGUGUAUAGGAUUUUACACUGAAGAAAUGCGAUCAGAAAAUGAAACUAGAAUGGGAUUUGAUGUCAUUGAUAUCGAUGGAAAACGUGGUAUUUUAGCAAGAGAACACCCAACUGACAACAUCAAACGUCCACAUGUCGGAAAAUAUUCAGUUUACACAAAAGACUUUGAGGACAUAGCCCUUGCCGCUCUUAAAGUUGAAUCCAAAACAAUUUUAAUUGUUGACGAAAUUGGAAAAAUGGAAUUAUUGAGUACAAAAUUCAAACAACGAAUCCAAGAAGUUUUCGGAAAGACUCCUAUUCUAGCAACAAUCCCAAAUCGGCAAACAAUCGAUAUAAUUGAAAGAAUGAAAAACGACAAAAAAUCAAUGGUACUGGAAAUAACAAAAAAAAAUCGCAAUGAAAUUGUUGAUGAAAUAUUUCAAAGAGUAAAUCAAAUGAUUAUUAUGUAAAAACAAUAAAACUUCCACAUAAAUAUAAAGUAUUUUUUAUUUAAUAUAAUAAUUAUAUCGCAUUAAUUUAUAUUAUAUUUUACAUUGUGUAUAA